AUGUAUGUAUCUAUCUAUCUAUCUAUCUAUCUAUCUAUCUAUCUAUCUAUCUAUCUAAGUCGUCUUACAUUUAUCUACUUAUCUAAGUCUAUUUGCAUCUAUCUAUCUAUCUAUCUAUCUAUCUAUCUAUCUAUCUAUCUAUCUAUCUAUCUAUCUAUCUAUCUCAGUCUUCUCGGAUCUAUCGAUUUAUAUAUCUAUAUAAUGCUUCUUUUCACAUCUAUCUAUCUAUCUAUCUAUCUAUCUAAUUCUUCAUUACAUCUAUCUAUCCAUCCAUCUAUCCAUCUAUCUAUCUAUGUCUUCUCACAUCUAUCUACUUAUCUAAGUCUUUUCACAUCUAUCUAUCUAUCUAUCUAUCUAUCUAAUUCUUCAUACAUCUAUCUAUCUAUCUAUCUAUCUAUCUAUCUAUCUAUCUAUGUCUUCUCACAUCUAUCUACUUAUCUAAGUCUUUUCACAUCUAUCUAUCUAUCUAUCUAUCUAUCUAAUUCUUCAUACAUCUAUCUAUCUAUCUAUCUAUCUAUCUAUCUAUCUAUCUAUCUAUUCUUUUCACAUCUAUCUAUCUAUCUAUCUAUCUAUCUAUCUAUCUAUCUAUCUAAAUUCUUCAUACAUCUAUCUAUCUAUCUAUCUAUCUAUCUAUAUGUCUCACAUCUAUCUACUUAUCUAAUCUUUUCACAUCUAUCUAUCUAUCUAAUUCUUCAUACAUCUAUCUAUCUAUCUAUCUAUCUAUGUCUUCUCACAUCUAUCUACUUAUCUAAGUCUUUUCACAUCUAUCUAUCUAUCUAUCUAUCUAUCUAUCUAUCUAAUUCUUCAUACAUCUAUCUAUCUAUCUAUCUAUCUAUCUAUCUAAUUCUUCAUACAUCUAUCUAUCUAUCUAUCUAUCUAUCUAUCUAUCUAUGUCUUCUCACAUCUAUCUACUUAUCUAAGUGUUUUCACAUCUAUCUAUCUAUCUAUCUAUCUAUCUAUCUAUCUAUCUAUCUAAUUCUUCAUACAUCUAUCUAUCUAUCUAUCUAUCUAUUGUUUUUCAUCAUCUAUCAUCUAUCUAUCUAUCUAUCUAUCUAUCUAAUUCUUCAUACAUCUAUCUAUCUAUCUAUCUAUCUAUGUCUUCUCACAUCUAUCUACUUAUCUAAGUGUUUUCACAUCUAUCUAUCUAUCUAUCUAUCUAUCUAUCUAUCUAUCUAUCUAUCUAUCUAUAGAAACAUAAAAAAUUCUUUCUUUCUUUCUUUCUUUCUUUCUUUCUUUCUUUCUUUCUGUGAUUUCUUAAUACUCCGGCAAUUCGUUCGUUCGUUCGUUCGUUCGUUCGUUCGUUCGUUCUUUCUUUCUUUCUUUCUUUCUUUCUUUCUUCACUUUGAUUUCUUAAUACUCCGACAGUUCUUUCUUUCUUUCUUUCUUUCUUUCUUUCUUUCUUUCUUAAUACUCCGGCAAUUCGUUCGAUCGUUCGUUCGUUCUUUCUUUCUUUCUUUCUUUCUUUCUUUCUUUCUUUCUUUCUUUCUUCUCCGUAAAUUUCCUCUCAUUAUUUUAUCGACUGUUCUCCAUAAUUGA